AUGGCAGCAUUACCAUCCGCAAUGCGGCGCUCAGUCGCUACUCUCUCCUCAAAAACUCUGAAAGCCCCCGCCCGCCAAAUUCCUUCCCUGUUCCCGGCUUUCCAAACAGGAUCUCACGCCGCAACCAACCGAGGCAUCACUUCUCUAUCUUCAAGACGAGGAACAAACGCGCUUGCAGAGAGAUCAACCUGCAAGUCCCAAUAUCAGACCUCAUCCCGUCCAUUGGGUCAAAUCCGGUGGAGCAGUAAUGAACCCGCAAGCCUACGACAGUGGGGAUUCGAAGAUAUCAACACUACCCUCCCAAGCACUAACGUUUCUUCGCCAACACAUACCCCCAUUCUAAUCGACGUCCGUGAACCUGCUGAACUUACCGCUACCGGUAUUAUUCCCACGGCCAUCUGUAUCCCGCUCGCUUCCCAGCCUGAUGCGCUCUACCUUACCGCCGACGAGUUUGAGACCCGUUUUGGGUUCCCCAAGCCUUCUGUGGGUAAGAAUCAGAAGAUCGUGUUUUAUUGCAAGGCUGGUGUGAGGGCUCGGGCUGCGGCGCAGUUGGCUGUGCAGGCGGGGUACGAUCCCGAGUCUCUUGGGGUUUAUGAUGGGAGUUGGUUGGAUUGGAAGGAUAAGGGCGGGAGAGUGGUGGCGUGGGAGGGGGAUGAAUUUUGA